AUGCCUUUGAUGCAUUUCAUUCCCGCGCUCCUGCGCAUUGUCUCACACCCCAAGUCUCCGUUGGACCCUGCACCGUCGUCUUCCCUUCCCUCGCUUCACACGCUCCUGCAGCCGCUACUGCUCACGCCACGUUCGUCCAGCGAGAAAUACCAGUCUCACAUCUGUCAAAUCCUCGCAGACGAUGGCGGCGCGGGAGACGCGGAGGAGACGAUGAUGUGGUACGCAUUGCGGUACGAGAAGAUGGACGACGAGAGGAGCGCAAAGCUGUCCGACGACCAGGCACCCGAUGCGGACGAAGAGAAGUGGCGUCACACAUGGCUCGGGGGGAUGGAGCGGCGCGAGGUGCAGAUCCAGAUCCUUCUGCACCUCCUGCUGCUGUCGCAGUCCGGUCCCUCACAACCGGGAGAAGUAGAACCUGUUCGGGCGGAAAUUCCGGUCCAGCUGAUGCUGUCCCCCAGCAAACGGAAGAGAAAACAGCGUGACCCGUCUCUUCGUCCACUCCCACUGGAGGAGGGCCUGGAGUUCUUCAUGGACAAGCUAUCCAUGUGGCAGCUGAUGGCCUCACUUGAGGAGGAAGAUGCGAAGAGGCACGUCUACGGCAAAGGAAAACAGAGAGCCGUCGACGACAGGGACUGGAUACAAGUCUUCUGCGAGGACAUCGUCGAGCCUUUGUUUAAAGACAAACAGCCCGACUUGUGCGCAUUAUUACACACGAAGGUCUUCCAAGCCUCGGCGUUCUCGGACGACGCUGAUUCGUUCACAUUUUCACCAUCUCCACCCUCCUCGCCUCGCCUGAAGCCCGCAGCGACGGCAUCCUCCCAAUCAUCCCACGGCCGUAAUCCUCCUCCGCAAGUCAAGACAAGCGACCGCCUGCGUUCACGAUCGCUCUCUGUAUCGCUGGAGCAGGAACGCUCGCGUUCGCGGUCAGCUAGUGUCGAUGCCGCCGGCCUGCGCAAACGCAUGUUCGCGCGCGAGGUGAGCAUGUCGACAGUGUUCAAGGGAAAAAACAAGGACAGCAAAACUAAAGCAUCUACCGCGAGAACGAGGGUCGGUCGUGCACCCCAGGAGAAACCUGCACCCGUGGUCAAGGAGAAGAGGAAGGGGCGAGAGUCAGCAUUUGGCAUGACUCUGGUUGCUGCAACGCCGACGAAGCCGAGGGUGAAAAGCCAGUCUCAGCGCGAAGCUGCGCUCGCGCAGCCCGCAUUCUUACAACAGCGAGAUCGUGCACGAGCACUGCGGCUUAAACCUUUGGCCGAAGGUCCGGUGGAAGGGGAUGGCAGCAAUGACCAGUGGAUGCUGCCAAGCUCUCCAGAUGUUUUGCUAAUGGGCCCCGAUGGCGACGACGAUACAUCCGUUCUCGGGAAGAGUGCUAAGGGAAGACGUGAUGGGGCAGGUUCAAGAAGGAUGGGUAGCCUUUUGGUCACCUCUACGCCAACCAAGAAGGCGCGUAUCGGUAUAUGA